AUGCGAGCUUCGCUCCGCCCCUCCUCGGCGCUGUCAAGGGUCUUCCAGAAGGAUGCUGAUCAGGAGACGGAGAUGAGGACGGAGAUCCAAAACAUGAAGAUGGAGCUGUCUACCGUCAGUAUGAUGGACGAGUUUGCCAGAUACGCUAGACUGGAACGCAAGAUCAACAAGAUGACCGAUCAACUGAAGACACUUGUCAAAUCAAGAACUGCACAGCAGGCAAAAAUGAAAUGGAUUGUAAAUAUUGUAUUUUACAUUCUUCAGGCGGCCCUCAUGAUCUCGCUCAUAUUAAAGUAUUAUGCAGAGCCGGUCACAGUGGUACCCAGUAAAUGGAUUGCUCCACUAGAGAGACUAGUAGCCUUUCCUUCUGGAAUUGCAGGUGGUGUUGGAAUCACAUGCUGGCUAGUUGUCUGCAACAAGGUUGUGGCCAUCCUUCUACAUGCUGUCAGUUAAUCUAACAGUGCUACAUCAACAUGAACAAGCAGUCACUGAAUUUUUCUGUAUUCUGUAUUUUGUUUCAGUUCUCUUGCU